CUAGCCGGCCAUAGUGAUAUCUCCAGUUUUUCUCACGCAUGACCACUUCUCCUUAUAAAAGCCUCCAUUGGUCUCUCCAUUUUCACUCACCAAUCGCUUCUCUUCGUCUUCCUUCGCAUCAUUCCUUCAAAAGUGACUUCAAAGCAGUCAUCUCUCCGUUCUCUUUGAACCUAUAAACGAUUAUUCGCGGUUGGUCUCUCAAUCCUAAAAACCUUCCGCGCCAUACAACAUCACGCGUGCAUUUCGCGAUCAAUCCGAGCGACGAGAGCAGUCGUCAUGAGGCAACCCGGCGUGUAUUCAGGGAUGCUGUCUGGAAUCUCUGGCAAAACCGGGCCUCACUCUCUGCCCCUCGCGAGGAUCAAGAAGAUCAUGAAGAAGUCCGGUGAUGACGUCAAGAUGAUCUCCGGCGAAGCACCAAUCGUGUUCUCCAAGGCCUGCGAGCUGUUCAUCGAGGAACUCACCAAGCGGUCUUGGAUGAUGACCAUGCAAGGCAAGAAGAGGACGCUGCAGAAGGACGACGUGGCUUCGGCAGUCGCGGCGACCGACAUCUUCGAUUUCCUUGUCAACUUGGUUUCGGAGCCUCCGAACACCGACGAGGACGCUGCGGGAGGAACUAACAUUAUCGAGCAUUAAUCUCAGAGUAAGUUUAGCUUCCCACCAUUGACAUGGUAAUGGAGAUUCUUAAAUAGCUCGGACGUAUAUGGGAAACUGUGUUUUAUUGGAUAUAUAAUUAUGUAUCAAGUAGAACAAGCCGAAACAGCUUUAUUUAACCUAUAAGAGGCUUCUUGCUUGGAGAGAGAGAUUCCUGUCUGAAUCUUUUGUUCUAUUCAUGCGCUCAUUAUGGUCUACUUACAUAAAUUAUAUCAUUCUAAGCUUG